GGAAUCCGUCCCCAUUUCCUUUCUUUAGACUUACCCUCAAGCGGCAACAGCGUGUUUAUUAAAAGUGAAAAGAGAUGGCUGAUACCGGCGAUGCUCCCUCCGUGAAGAAACAAAAGAUCGUCGCUAGCGAAGGAUGCUUAUUGGGGUAUGGUAAUCCAUUGCUGGACAUCUCGGUCCAGGGAAAUGCAGACUUCCUGAAAAAGUACGAUUUGAAAGCUGACAAUUCCAUCCUGGCGGAGGACAAGCAUAAGGGAAUGUAUGAUGACAUGACAGAGACGUUUGAAGAUAGUGUAGAAUAUGGACCGGGGGGAGCCACCCUCAACUCCCUCAGAAUUGCUCAGUGGCUGUCUGGUGUUCCCAAAGCAACGACCUUCUUCGGCUGUAUCAAUGAAGGGGACAAGUACGGAAAGAUUCUUUGUAGCAAGGCAGAAGAGGAAAAUGUCAACUUUAAACACCAGAACAACUCGGAGGUUCCAACUGGCACAUGUGCCGUCAUCGUCACCGGCACCAGCAGGUCAUUAUGUGCCAAUCUAGCGGCAGCCAACUGUUUCACGGAGAGCCAUCUGGAUGUUGAGGAAAACUGGAAACUCGUAGAGAAAGCACAAUACUACUAUAUAGCUGGCUUCCCUCUCACAGUUUGUCCGGCAGCCAUGUUAAGAAUUGCUAAACACUCUGGAGAAAAAGGCAAGACAUUUUGUACCAACUUGUCAGCUCCCUUUAUCUGUCAGUUCUUCAAGGAUCCCCUGAUGGAACUCAUGCCAUUUGUGGACAUUUUGUUUGGGAAUGAAACGGAAGCAGAAACUUUUGCAAAAGAACACAACUUUGGGACAGAAGACAGGAAAGAGAUUGCUAAGAAGAUUGCUGCCAUGCCAAAGGAUAAUGCGUCUAAACCAAGGGUAGUCAUCAUUACACAGGCAGAGGACCCCAUCAUUGUGGCCAAAGGUGGUGAAGUGACGGAGUACCCCGUAAUCCCAAUCAAGCCGGAGAACAUUGUCGAUACUAAUGGCGCGGGAGAUGCUUUUGUUGGAGGUUUCCUCGCUCAGCUAGUGAAGGGGGAGAGCGAAGCUAAGUGUAUCAAAUGUGGCGUAUAUGCCGCCAACGUUGUUAUACAGCAGUCGGGCUGUACAUUCCCAGCACAGCCAGAUUUUGAAUGACAAUGCCAUAGGGCCUCCAUUGAUUGAUGUAUAUAAUAACCUCAUCAACGAAAUACACACAGCUGACGACCAUUGGGCGAAACUCUUUACCGGGAUAUAGGAAGAGCUAUUAUUAGAAUAUAAACUGUCACAGGCGACAACCAACGCCUCAGGAUCCAUUAAUACUCAUCCUCAAUUUAUACCAUGAAAACUCAGUAAUGACCAAGUUUUUAAAACAUUUCUUAGUUGUACUGCUCUAGGUCUGGAAAUUUUUUUUUUGGUCUGAAUGUCUAAUGCUACCUCGCCGCUUCUGAUUUUUUUUUUUUUUCAGAAUUAGACUAUAUUAAGAUGGUGAUUUUACCAAACCAUUGGGCAUUCACGGAAAAAUGAGAGGAUGGACUUUAAUCGAUGAUAUUAAUUUAUGUAAAAACAAUUAUGUGAAAAGUAAAUAUUUGUACAAAGGAUACAAUAGAAUGUUGAAUCAUAUUUGGAAGAAAUAUCUGUCCGAGUAGGUUUUAAAUGUUCUGUGUACUUAACUUGUGCAGCAGUUUAAGAUUUUACAAUGAUGUGUUAAAUAUAGAUAAGACGUGGCUGUUGAUGUAUAUUGCAUUAUCUAACAUCAGAUAAGUAUAUAUAUGUACAGACAAGUGUUGGUAGGAUUUGUUAUAUUUUUUAAUGACGUUGACCUGACAUUAUGAAAUAAUUAAUUUUCACAGGGUUUUUGUUGUCGUUUAUUUUGUUAGUACUCUCGGACCACAAUAUACUUUUGCCACAAAAUAUCUAACAUUAUAUUACACAAACAGAUAUUUCUAUGAUACGUGUCACAUCUCGGUCAUUUUCAUUAUUAUGAUAAUACCUAUAUGAACAUUCUCAGAGAGGUCCGUUUUCACUUCUCAUAACUGUUUUAAAUGGAUGCAUGCGAGUUGAUUUUGUGAUUAUUGUUCAUCCAAGUACAUGUUCUUAUGAAAUGGUAUGUUUAAUGAAAAUAAAAACAAUUUAGCCCCAGGAAAUAUCUGAUAUUACAGGGUUAGUCCGGUAAAAAGUAAAAUGCUAUGUGUACCUAGGUAAUUGCAUUUUGAAUACAAGAUUGGCUCAGAAAAUCAGAAAAUGGUGACUGUACUUUACUAUGUAAAUUUCAUUUCUGUUCUGGAUAUUGAUGCUCAUUCAUGGUGUAUUGUAGAAAAAUGUGGCAGGAAGAGUAUGAUGAUUGUGUGAAUGACUUUCUCACCGAUUCUCGUGACCUUUAAAGAACCAUCUGUGGGUGUGUGUGAAGUACUAUCCAGAGAACUUGUAGGUGUGUGUGAAGUAAUAUCCCAGAGCCACCUGUGGGUGUGUGAAGUAAUAUCACCACUGGCAUUUUCUUGUAUACAUGGGUGACUACUAAUGUCAAAUCAUAUUUUAAGUUUUGUAAAAACUCCCUUUGCUUUUGAAUGUGCAUCAUUUAUUUCCAUGAGAGAAGAAAACAUUAAAACGAAUACUGAAACAAACAA